AUGUUAUAAGUUUAUUUAGUUAGAUAUGAUUGUUUAAAAAUACAAUAACUCAUACCGAGUAGAAUAUUUUGCGUUAUCUUUUACACUAUUUGCAUAAUAGAUCUCUUGCUGCUUCUAUUCUCUUGCUCAUUUUUUAUUAUUCCAUAUUAAUAGCAAGAAUUCGAACAAUAAUACAUAAUUGAAAAAGAAACCUCGGAUUGGGAACUUGAUUUAAAUUAACAAGAUUUUAAAAAGUUCAUUAUUGAAGGCUCAUUGAAUCAAGAAAGGUUCAAAUUCAAUCAGGUUCAUAGAGAUCCCUACUUGCUAUUGAAUUCCACUACUCUAUUUCAGAAAACAGGUUUUCAUGAAUAUUUUGGAUACAUUAAUUAUCAGAUAGCCAAACUCACAAAAUCAAAAAAGUUAUGUCUGCAACUAAUGUAUAAUCAGAGAUUCAAAUAACAAAUGAUCUAAGAAUUACCACAAUGCAGUAAUAACAUUGGAGUAUCUAUAAUACCUUGGUUUUGGAAGGGUGAUUCAAUACAAUACUUGGCGGAGAUCUGUUUGAAGGUUUCCAUUGAGGAUAAUUAAUUAUAAUACUAAGGGGGAUGUUAUAACAAUGGGUUUAUUUACAAAGAAUUGGGAAAGGACAACUUACAAACAUUUGAGAAUUUGUCCAUUUAUAUUCGCCAUGUGAAUGACCCAUACAUAAGUGGAGUGGAAUAUUCAAAUAAUUAUGAAAAGCCAAAACAGGAUAACCAUAAUCAAUUCCCUAAAUUCAUAUAUUAUUGUUUUUUAUUUGGAUGUGCAGGGAUAAUUUACUUGAUAUUUAUAUACUUGAUAUUGACUCUGAGAAGGAAUAGUGAGAAGACACAAUUUGUGUGA